UCUCACUGCUAUAGUACGCGGGUGGUUGUCCCUACAUGCUUCCUGCUGUGGCUGUCUCGGAACCCGUGUCCUCCGCUUCAUGAUUUUCUGCCGUCUCUUGGCAAAAAUGGCAAAUAAUGAUACUGUUCUGAAGAGACUGGAGCAGAAGGGUGCAGAGGCAGAUCAAAUCAUUGAAUAUCUUAAGCAGCAAGUUUCUCUCCUUAAGGAGAAAGCAAUUUUGCAGGCAACUUUGAGGGAAGAGAAGAAACUUCGAGUUGAAAAUGCUAAACUGAAGAAAGAAAUUGAAGAACUGAAACAAGAGCUAAUUCAGGCAGAAAUUCAAAAUGGAGUGAAGCAAAUACCAUUUCCGUCUGGUACUCCACUGCAAGCUAAUUCUAUGGUUUCUGAAAACGUGGUACAGUCUACACCAGUAACAACCGUAUCUUCUGGUACCAAAGAACAGAUAAAAGGAGGAACAGAAGACGAAAAGAAAGCAAAAGAGAAAAUUGAAAAGAAAGGAGAGAAGAGGGAGAAAAAACAGCAAUCAAUAGCUGGAAGUGCUGACUCUAAGCCAAUAGAUGUUUCCCGUCUGGAUCUUCGAAUUGGUUGCAUCAUAACUGCUAGAAAACACCCUGAUGCAGAUUCUUUGUAUGUAGAAGAAGUAGAUGUUGGAGAAAUAGCCCCAAGGACAGUUGUCAGUGGCUUGGUGAAUCAUGUUCCUCUUGAACAGAUGCAAAAUCGGAUGGUGAUUUUACUUUGUAACCUGAAACCUGCAAAGAUGAGGGGAGUAUUAUCUCAAGCAAUGGUCAUGUGUGCUAGUUCACCAGAGAAAAUUGAAAUCUUGGCUCCUCCAAAUGGGUCUGUUCCUGGAGACAGAAUUACUUUUGAUGCUUUCCCAGGAGAGCCCGACAAGGAGCUGAAUCCUAAGAAGAAGAUUUGGGAGCAGAUCCAGCCUGAUCUUCACACUAAUGAUGAGUGUGUGGCUACAUACAAAGGAGUUCCCUUUGAGGUGAAAGGGAAGGGAGUAUGUAGGGCUCAAACCAUGAGCAACAGUGGAAUCAAGUAAAAUGCUUCCACUACCAAAAGACAUUAGAGAAAACCUUAAAAGUAAUAAAGAGAAAUAUAUUUGUCACUUGUACCUAAAAUAUGAGUGGCUCAUUUUUGCGUUAUUCUCUUCUAGACUUGACUAGUCAUUUACCUGGUAUAUAUUGUUUUCAUUGAUUGGGGAAACACUAGAUUUUUACCUUGGUUUUUGAUCAUUUAUAAUGGAGAGAGGAAGUUGCCUAUGUUUUGUAAUAAUUUAUUUUUUAGCAGGACUAUUGAUUAGCAGCUUUUUUUUCUUUAUACACAUAGAUAACUAACUAGAUUAAUAUUUAGUUUCUUAUUUGUAGGCGCAGGAUGCAUGAAAUUUCAAGCUCUGGGAUUUUUUGUAUAUUGUGUAUCUGUAUCAAAAAUAUCCUCUCCUUUUCAAAAAUGACAAGUUGGAAAAUGUUUGUCAGACUUAUUAACUGGUCAUAUUAUAAUAAUACUGAUAAUGACCAACUGCUCAUUCUGAAAGCCAAACAUAAAAGCUAGGAGAUGUGGCAUCUGAACAUUUUUGCUUUGCUGCCAGAGUAACCCUGACUAAUAAUGCAAUAACAGCAAUUUUUUUUAAAAAACUGAGAUUUCCUACUGGCUUGAAGUUUUUCUAUUUAGCAAAAUAAUUAGUAAUAAGUUUUGACUAGGUCUAAAGAAUGAACAUAUUGUGAACAGUUGCCACAGUAGUUUCUAAUAAAUUGAUCGUAAAAGCAGCUAUCCUUUUUUUUUUUUUUAAUUCUAGCUUCUUUAUAAAGAUUAUUUGGGUACCUAAUAAAGGAUAAUUUAUAUCUUAUUACAGACUGAUAUUUUGCUUUUUCAUGUAUCAUCAUACUGUCAGUAUAUUAAAAGAAAUUACAGCCUAAAACUUAACAUAUACCAUACAUAUAUAUUAAGGUGUCAAAUAGCUAUUCUUACUCAUCUUACAAAUAUUGUAAGAGCAAUAAAAAUUAUUUGAGGAAUUAUAAGCCUACAGGUCAUCAGCCUUGUGGUGAUUACUGGUGAUGUGGGCUUACACACACGUCAGCAAGAUAGGGAGUGUGGAUAGGUGAGGGCUGGUAGCUAACAAGGGGCCUCACAGAGGAAUGUUAGUGACUUUAACCAGGUUUCAGAAUCUGGGCCUUACCUUUAUAGGUUCAACAAAAGAAUGGCAUCAAUAGAGGCAGAAGUAUAGACAUUGUUUUAAAAAUACACACAUGCACACACACACAAAACAUUUUAGCAUUAUACCUGUCUGAAUCCUUCAAUAAGAAGGAGAGGCACACACAAAUACACUCACACAAAACUCAACAACCAUAAAACUACCCUGCAUGUUAUAAAAGGCAGAAUUAAAUUUUAUUUAUUUAAAUCCAUGGAACUCUGGUAGGCCGGGAUAUAUUAUAGUACCAUUAUCAAUGUGAUAUUCUGAAAAUAUGAACAGAGCAUCAUUAACAAUUGUUGGUACCUAAACACAAAAUGAAUUUCAAAGUUACUUUGUUCUCAAGAUAUGUCAUUCUUUUGGGAAUAAAUACUUUUGGUGACAAA